AUGGCUUCAAUUCAUAUUUCACCCAACAAAGCUACCAAUAAACCCCGCCGCAUCCUUCUAGUCAGUACUCCCCGCACCGCAUCUAAUCUGCUUUUGAAAGUCCUCAAUAUCCCCAACCAACCAAAUACCUAUACGAAUGAAAAAGGUGGAUACUUCUUCUACCCAGCUUUCAUAUCCGCAGCCAAUGAUGGCUAUAUGGAAAGGCCAAUAGCGCAACGGACUGAACAAGAAAAACAAAAAUUGAAGGCAGUGUACCAGAGCUGCGUGGACAAUCUAGAAAGAGCAGCCGUGCAGGCCGAAGUCUCAAACAAAAUGAUUUUCAUAAAAGAACAUGCAUUUUGGAUCUUUGGACCAGCAGCAUUCCAGAAAAGGUUGACCGGCGUGCGUGAUGAACAAUUUCUGAAUGACUUCAGGGUUGACACACCUGAGAAAUAUGGAUCCACAAGAACAUAUACACCGUCCAACGAAACCAUCUUCUCGGACGAGUAUCUGCGCUCGUGGCAAAUGGGAUUUGUGAUCCGGCACCCAGCGCUAUCUUUGCCAUCUUUCUGGCGUGCAUUGGCGAAGUUCGCCAAGCAGGGGAUUAUUGAUGAGGAUGCUGUAAAGUGGACGACUGUGACGAGCAUGGGAAUGUGUUGGGCUCGCUCAUUGUAUGAUUGGUGCUUGGAGCAACCGGGCUUGUCUCGACAGCCACCUGUCGUGGAUGCAUGUGAUUUAAUUAAUCAUCCGAGAGUUGUGGUUCGGUUCGCCGAGGAGAUCGGACUGGAUCCAGAGGUUUUGCAGUUUGAGUGGGAGCCACAGGAUCAUGAGAAGACAAAUGGCUUUUGGGCGUCUGAUCUUGCUAAAGCGAGUGCUGGUGAUGAUGUAGAGGGGUCACAUAUUCGUGCAGCUAAUGUUAUGCUGGCUACACUCUCGAGUUCAUCGGGCAUGAUCAAAAAUAGGACUCCGGCGGAAGUUGAUAUUGCAGUGGAGGUAGAGAAGUGGAAGGUUGAGUUUGGGGUUCAGGUUGCUGAAUUUAUUGAGCAAGCGGUCUUGGAAUCAAUGCCUGACUAUCAGUAUCUGAAGGCCCGGCGGAUCACUGUUUGA